CACCGGUGGAAAGGGUGUCUUUGGAAUAAAUAGCAAGUACGAGGGGCAAUUGGAAGGAGAAAAAGAGAGCGAGUCUUAGCUGGGUUGGGCCAGAGUACGGAGCCGACUACUGGGCCAGACUCGAAGCCCACUACUAGGCUCGAAUCCUCCAUUGACCAGUGGAAGGAUGUCUGUGAAAUAAAUAGAAAGUAAGAGGGGCAAUUGGUUAAGGUUUCGGAAGCGAAGGCCAAAUCUGUAAUUCUAACCAUUUAAAAUAAACGAACUCAAUUAAGGAAGAGACGGCGGGAGAAGAGAGGAGAAUACGAAAAGGCCAGAACCCUAGAGAGGUUUUAGCAGCCGCCGGAAGCUUUCGAAGCCGGAGGGGGGAAGAAUAAAUCCGCCGUCCGUUACCUCCGCCGCGUAAUCAUGCCCAAGUCCAAGCGCAACCGUGCAGUUACACUGUCGAAGACGAAGAAGAAGGGGAGAGAGCACAAAGAAGGGGUUGUGAAUGGAAUAAGGGAAGCAGUGGAGAAGUACCCUUCUAUCUACUUGUUUGGUUAUGAGAACAUGAGGAAUCUCAAGUUCAAGGAAUUCAGAGACCAGCUCAAGUCCAGCAGCAGGUUCUUUCUUGGGUCGAACAAAGUGAUGCAGGUUGCUCUUGGUCGAUCUGCUGGUGAUGAGUUGAGACCGGGGAUCCGUAAAGUAUCUAAGCUUCUGUGUGGGGAUUCUGGUCUGCUGGCUACCAAUUUGCCCAAAGAAGAGGUUGAAAGGUUAUUCCGUGAAUAUGAAGAUUAUGACUUUGCAAGGACCGGUACUAAUGCCACUGAAAAGGUAGAACUGAACGAAGGGCCUCUGGAGCAAUUUACUCAUGAAAUGGAGCCUUUUCUGCGCAAACAAGGCCUCCCUGUCCGGUUAAACAAGGGUGUUGUGGAGCUUAUUUCAGACUUUGUUGUCUGUGAAGAAGGAAAGCCUUUGUCACCUGAAUCAGCCCGCAUACUGAGACUAUUGGGCAUCAAGAUGGCGACCUUCAAGCUUCACCUAAUCUGCAGAUGGAGCUCCGACGAUUUUGAGCUGUAUAAAGAGGGACUUGAUGACGCUUCCGACGUUGAAUCUGCAUGAUUCUUGUUUUCUUGUAGGGUGGCUGAAUGUUGUAACUUUGUCAAAUCUCAUGGGGCUGAACCAAGUGAUUGUGCAAUAGUAAUUGCAUCUAAUGCUUCUUGUUUUAAACUAAAAAGUAAUGCUUAUUUCUAGCAGCACCUGCUCCAGAUUCGCGUCUUAACAGCGUAUUCAAUGUCUAGCUUGAAGCUUUCCCAUUUGUAUGGAAUGGAGAAUCGAGUUUGUGGCAAUCCAAUGUUUACUAUAAAAUAUGUGAAAUUUA